GUCGCUGCAGUUAGCAGUUAGCUGUGUGCAAAGAGACACAGCUGCACAUCACUGAUUUCUACAUGAUGCUACACCCGUUUAGCAGCAGUUGCCAUGGUGAAUCGAGGUAUCGGGGCUCCAUUGAUGUUGGCUUUUUAUAGUGGUCGCGCACACGGUUAAUUCAAGGUGAACAUACUCAGAGUUGAUUGAACUAAAUCAAAUCAGCUGUUCUGGAACCGGAUACUAAGAGUUUCCCAUCUCAGAGGUUUCAGUGACGGUGUCAGAGCUGUAAGAUGUCGAUGGUGGUGUUCGCCUCCGUGGUCCGGGUCAGGGACGGCCUGCCUCUGUCCGCGUCCACCGACUACGAGCAGGACAAAGAGCUCCAGGAGACCAAGAAGCACCUCAAAGGUCUCUCCAAGAAGCUGAGCCAGUUCCCCGACCGCUGCACGCUCAGGACGGGGCCGUAUAAUGUCAAUUUCACGAGCUCACUGGGUGUCGGGUAUCUGAUGGUGUGCACUGCAAACUACCCCAACGUGCUGGCCUUCUGCUUCCUGGACGAGCUGCAAAAGGAGUUCAUCGUCACCUACGACCCGAACAGGAUCAGCGGCGCCGUGCGGCCGUACUCCUUCAUAGAGUUUGACACUUUCAUCCAGAAGACUAAACAGCGCUACAACAGCCCUCGCUCGCUGUCCACAAAGAUCAACCUGGCCGACAUGCAGACGGAGAUCAAGCUGCGACCGCCGUACCAGCUGUCCCCCGAGGACCUGCAGACUAUCAACGGAUUCUCAGUGCACACGCCCUCCAAGUACAAGGGCAUAGCUCCCACACAGAUGUUGGAGCCGGUGACUCUCCCCGGCAUCGUCUCCUGUGUGCUCAGUGUCCUCUGCGGAGGCCUGAACCUGCUGAGAGGAGUCCACGCUAUUGAGAGUAUACUACAGAACGACGAUGAAGACUUUAAUUAUGUGAUUGCCUUCUUCCUCGGCACAGCGGCCUGUCUGUAUCAGUGCUACCUGUUUGCCUACUUCUCUGUGUGGAGGAACAGUAAGUCCUUCUUGGCGUUUGCACUCAUCUGUCUGUCCAACAUGUAUCUUUAUGAACUGAGGAACAUGUGGCAGAUCCUCUUCCAUGUGGCGGUGGGGGCCUUCAUGACCCUGCAAAUCAAACUGAGGCAACCGCUGGGCAAAGCACCAGAUUACAACGUCUGACAAAGGCCUUAAACACGAAAGGACUUAACGGACCUCCUCUCAGACGUCCCACACACACACACACACAUGCAGCACAGAUGGCACAGAAGCCAGUCUGGGGACAACGUUCAGGAAGACAAACCAAAAAAAAAAAAUAGUCGCAGCACCACAGUUGGACUUGGAGAAACUCUGCCGCAGCACCGAGCAUAUAUGGAUCUUAUUUGAUAGAUUUUUUUUUGGAGCCAUUGUUUAACAAAUAUGUUUUCUUAUUUAAAGUUGAAGUCGGAGUCCUGCACAUGAACAGUUUUGCAAACCUGUACCUUCCACAUAGCUGCAAAGUGAAGUGAACCAAACCUACAGUAUAAUCAAACACACAGCCUACACACUCACUCUGUUAAAAGCUGUCUAAUUGCUACUGGAAUGUAUUGUUUCAGUUUUUUAGAUGGAGGUGCAAAUACAACAUCUGAGUUGACCAAUACCAAAAUUCUACUUUUUCUUU